UUUGGGGCUCCGUGGUGAGUUUUCUCCAGCGGUUACCUGAGAAGCAGCAGCUGGACCAGAGGGUAAGAGGAGACGGCCGGGCUGCCUCACUGUGUGACUGACGGGACAGGUAUCCAUGGAAAUGAACAUGGAGGCCACCAGGAGACGUACCCAGCACGGUGUCAAUGGGAAAACAUCUGAACAGAGGGAGCAGACGGCACAGUGGGGGAGGGCAUGGGAAGUGGACUGGUUUUCCCUGAUCAGCGUGUUUGGCCUCCUUUGCUUUGCCCCUUUCAUUGUCUACUACUUCGUCAUGGCCUGUGACCAGUACCAGUGUUCCAUCAGCCAGCCUCUGUUUGAGUUGUUCCAAGGAGAGACCACGCUGCUCUCCAUUUGGGCCCGGACAGCCUCCAUCACCUGGUCAGCUGUCAAGAUAUACGCCAUCUGGGUGGCCUUCCAGGCGUUCCUGUAUAUGUGUGUUCCUGACGUCGUUCAUAAGUUUAUCCCUGGCUAUGUCGGUGGAGUGCAGGACGGAGCACGAACUCCUGCUGGCCUGAUAAACAAGUAUGAGAUCAAUGGGCUGCAGUGUUGGCUUAUCACUCAUGCUCUGUGGUUUGCCAAUGCCCACUAUUUCCACUGGUUUUCUCCCACCAUCAUCUUUGACAACUGGAUCCCCCUGAUGUGGUGUGCUAACUUACUGGGCUACGCUGUGUCCACCUUCGCUUUCAUAAAGGCCUACCUUUUCCCCACAAACGCUGAAGACUGCAAGUUCACAGGGAACAUCUUCUACAACUACAUGAUGGGCAUCGAGUUCAACCCACGCAUUGGCAAGUGGUUUGACUUCAAGCUUUUCUUCAAUGGCCGGCCCGGCAUCGUAGCCUGGACUCUUAUCAACCUGUCCUACAUGGCCAAGCAGCAGGAACUGUACGGACAUGUCACCAACUCCAUGAUCCUUGUCAAUGUGCUGCAGGCCAUUUAUGUGUUGGAUUUCUUCUGGAAUGAGGCAUGGUACCUGAAGACCAUAGACAUCUGCCAUGACCACUUUGGAUGGUAUCUGGGCUGGGGUGACUGUGUCUGGCUGCCCUACCUCUACACACUGCAGGGUCUCUACCUGGUGUACCACCCAGUCCAGCUCAUAAAUGCCCACGCCCUGGCUGUGCUGCUGCUCGGUCUCAUUGGGUAUUACAUCUUCCGCUCCACCAACCACCAGAAGGAUCUGUUCCGGCGCACCGAGGGCUCCUGCUCCAUCUGGGGCCGGAAGCCAUCAUACAUUGAGUGUUCGUACCGGUCCGCUGAUGGCGGCAUCCAUCGCAGCAAGCUCCUGACCUCAGGUUUCUGGGGAGUGGCCCGGCACUUUAACUACACUGGCGACCUGAUGGGGUCACUGGCCUACUGCGCCGCCUGUGGCUUCGGCCACAUUCUCCCUUACUUCUACAUUGUGUACAUGACGAUCCUGCUGGUGCACCGCUGUGUGCGCGAUGAGCACCGCUGCAGCAGCAAGUAUGGCAAGGACUGGAAACGCUACACAGAUGCUGUGCCUUACCGGCUAAUUCCUGGGCUGUUUUAGAGAGGAGUAGGGGAAGAGGGGUGGCAGGAAGGUGG